CAGAUCCUCACAACCGUUUACUUCUACCUGACACUUGUGGGAUGUCACCUAUUCGUGGGCUUCUUUCUCAUACCAUGGUUCUUCUUUAUUGACAACCGCGAGAUGCUCCGAAGGGGACUUUACAUCUGCCACACUAUUUUGAGGUUUAUACAAAAGCCGAUUCUCAAUAUCGAGUUCCACAACGUCCCAAAGAACCCCAAGGACUUCGUUUUCUUCGUCAACCACGUCACAGCGUGGGACUGUUUCUGGGUCGACGAGCUGAAUAACGAAAACAUGACUGUCAUUGUAGCGCAAUUUGUGGUGGAAAUUCCUUUGUUUGGCGCGUGGGUCCGCAAGAUGGGGGGUAUUCCCAUAAAAUUCGCGAAACCCAAUGAUCAACAAAGUACCGAGACCAACAAGGAAUCUGCCCGAUUGUCAGCACAAGAAUCCUCGGCUUGGCUGGAAAAACCCAACUUCACAAUGGGUCUAUUCCCGGAAGGAUUACGCACAAAGACAGGGAAAGUGGGAGAGUUCAAGCCCUUGAUCUUCAGGUUGGCUAUCCGCAACAAAAAGGUCGUGUAUCCGUGCGUUCUUCUAGGUGCCAGGAAAAUUCACCCGCUUGGUCAAACUUGGAUCUCUCCGGGAAAUAUGGUGAUAAAGUACGGUGACGCGAUACCUACUGAUACGAUGACCGAAUGUAACGAAGACAUUCAGGGGCUCAUGAAAAAGGUUCAGUACUUUGUGUGGAGCGAUUUUAUGGUUCCGAUAUUCGGUUUGUUUGAUUCUUUUACGGAGCCACGACGCACCACAGCACAGAGUUUAUGAGUGAAAUAUUCGUUUCAUUUUGACCUUUUCUCUUACACAGCCCUUCUUUCCAUUUCGCCACAUUCUUCUCACUUCUAGGUGCGCGACUUCAUGGAAACGGAACUUGAACAGUACGAAAGUUCGCACAAGUCUAGUUGAGAUUCUCUACUGGAGAGCGUGGCCUAAAAUGUGCUCGCAUCCUAUUAAGUGGUAACAUCCAUGGUCUACUAACUAAGCACACGACUUGAAUGAUAUAAUAAAAUCUACUGGACGUGUGUCGCAGACAUAGCAAAUGGUGCCAUCUAAGCUGUUUGUCUAGGCUGUUAUGUCUUAGCUUAUCCCGUAUUAUCUACUGUUUAGCACCUGAUACCAGUAUAGUACCCGCUAUUCUACAGGAACAUCACGAAGUCGUGGAAAGGACUACCAAUAUAAUACCCGCUAUUCUACAAGAACAUCACAAAGUCGUAGAAAGGACGCGUCCAACAGCCUUCUUCCGUCGAUUUCAAAUACACACCCGAUACUAGAAACAGUCAAAUCUCAGAUACCUGACAUACUUUAUUACUUAAACUCGCCUACUCCACUUUGGUCCAAGUGACAUCCAUCUCUACACCAGCCUUCUCGAAUGUUGCGGCAAUGAUGCACCUGUGCGCGACCUCCUCCGCCGCUUCCUUCAGUUCCUCUCCUGUAAGUGACGUUUUGAUCUUCGCAUCCAAUUUUAUAUGUGUGAAACCAGCAUACGUCAUGCCACCAUUGUAACCACGUGGAUCAAAGUUCGCACUCAUCUUGUACUGAAUGUUGUCUAUCUUGAAUCCGGCCUCCUUUGCUAGUGUUUUGAACGCCGAUGUCUUGCACCCGGCAAGCGAGGUGAGAGCAUACUCUAAUGGAGAUGGACCCUUUCCACCUUUAGACUCUGGCAAAUGAUCAACUACCACGUUGUAGCCGGAACCAGUCUUGACCUCAGUGUAGUAAUCAUCAAAACUCUCGGCUGUAGCACGCGCGGUACCUUUCAUAGGUUUGGCCAUGGGGCCGGUGAGUUCCUUCGAGUACGAAGUUUUGCUUCUAAGAAGUGAGUGGUUUACCAUGCGUGCGGAGACUGGCAAGGCUAUGCGUGCACCGAUGAAGCUGGCUCGUGCAAUACCUGAUACUGUCUUGGAAGAAGCGAACAUGAUUAACUAUUGUAGCUGCGAAAUAGCCGUUUGUGGAGUGUGCAAUUUGCAAAUUGCAAGGGUGCCUGUAUUUAUAGCUCGAAACAAAAAAACAAAAAGGAAUAAACGGC